GUCAGUGGCCGUCAGCGCUGUGUGAAGUACAGCGUCAACAACACACACCAUGGAUACCUACCGAUUCUCCGAGUCUUUCUGGGACUGUGAUCUGAUCGGCACCAGUGGAUUUGAUACUUUAGUCCGAAGACUUAAAGAUGGGAGGAAACUCUGCAAGGACAUGGAGGAAUAUUACCGCCAAAGAAGUAAGAUCGAGGGGCAGUACGCGAAAGAGCUCCAGAAGUUGACGAAGAAUAUGGAACAAAGAGAAGAGAAUGGGGUGUUAGAAGAAUCAUGGAACGCCAUCAGAACGCAAACGGAAAGUUUAUCGCAUCACCAUGACACGGCUUCAAAUUACUUCUCAGCCCUGAUGUCAGAUCUGGAAAGACUGAACGACAACUUGAAAAUACGUGGCAAACAGAUAGAAGACAGAACGACGAAAUCGCACAACAUGGCAAAAGGUUAUUUUAAUAAACACAACAACCUCAAGAAGACAUACGAACAAAAGUGUAUGGAUUACGGUACCAUUCAAAACGACAAUAAAUAUAGUGACCCUGUCGACCAGAAAACCGCCCAAAAGCAAAAAACGAAGGAAGCAAAAGCGAAAGAUGAAAUGGAAAAAGCAGAUUGCCAAUACCGAAUUACAGUAGAUGCUCUUCAAAGCGCUCAGAAGACUUGGGAGGAAGACAUGGAGAACGCUUGUCAGGUGUACCAGGAUCUGGACGUAGAGAGAAUUGAGGUCAUACGUGACGUCAUGUGGAAGGGGACAAACGUCGACUCCCAGAUGUGUGUGGAUCACGACAUGUGCAGUGAAUACAUACGGAAGCACCUGGAGAAAUGCAUUAUUAGUACGGAAAUAAGAACUUUUGUGGAGCGAGCCAGAGUAGGACACAGGCGCCCUGCAAUGACAGAUUACCAAAAUUAUUUCAAGGGAAUGAGUCCAAACCUUAACAGGAAACGGUUUCAUCAAGGAACAGCCGGUCGCAAGAGACUGUCAACUGAUACAUCACAAUCGAACGAGGAAUCAAUUUACCAAACAGUCAAAUAAGAAUUAUAAAUCUUGUCAGGUACUAACCUCGUCUGUCAAUAGACCUAUAAUAAUAUAAUCAAAUUAUUAUGGGUGUAUUGACACACGAGGCUAGUACCUGUGUCUUGUCCGGAAAUCUCACUCAGUUUUUGAUCGAUGGUGGACUUAUUCAAAAUAAGACUUAAGUUGGACGAGUUUUGAAAGAUUUAACGUUUUUUUUAUACUUUGACAUUAAAACUUUUUUGAUUGAUCUUCUAUAUUCCAAGCAAAACUCAAUCAACUAAACCAAUUUCAUGAUUUUGGUACCCUUUGCUAUCUACAAAAACCUCCAACACCUAGAGAAACGAUGAAGGGGCCAGAAUAAACCAGGUUCUCUCAGUGGGUUGGUCUCUAUAAGGUGUACCUUUCUGAUCGUCAAUACAAUACCUAGAUUAACGAUAAAGAGUCCCGUGUGACAUCACCACCACCUUAUUAGUCUAUAAAUCUGGCUCUCACAGUGGGUUGGUCUCUAUCAGGUGUUCCUUUCCGAUCAUCAAUACAAUACCUAGAGAAACGAUAAAGAGCCCCGUGUGACAUCACCACCAUCUUAUUAGUUUAUAAAUCUGGCCCUCACAGUGGGUUGGUCUCUAUAAGGUGUACCUUUCUGAUCGUCAA